GUAUGAUCGGUAUUUGUAUAUUCAAUGAUGUUGAGGUGGACAAAAACAUUUGUCUGUUUUUGGAAUGGGACAUAUUUGUUUUGCACGUAGUAAAUUGUAAUUGCCCGAGGCCGCUCCUGGCUUUGAAAGUAAAUGUAACUAUUUCACCACAUUUAACUUUGCUGUUUGCUAAAUUUCUACAUGUUAUAAGACGGGUUCAUUCAUGAUAGACAUUUCUACUUACCAAAAAAAAAAAAUCCCUCCUAGGUUUUAUUGCGAUUGUAGGCCCAACGUGUUAAUACACUGUGUAAAAAAAAAAAAAAACCUUACAGUGGCAUAUGUGAUUAAGGUGAUAUCUAAAUGUUAACACAAAAAUACAUAAAACCGCUAAAUCCUAAUCUGGAUGCCAUUAACGUUAAUUUGUAGAACAUAGUUGAUGGAUUACUGUGUUUAGCUAAAUCUCAUUGUAAUGUACUUAUAUAAGUAACACACUAGGUGGCAGUAUUGGGUCAUUAUUGAAUUUUCAGUUCACAGACGUCAUUUGUCAUUUCUUGCUGUUUUGACGUUUGGCCACUGGGUGUCGCCUUCCCGACAAAGAAUCCACGCAGACCUGUCCGUUGGGCAUUGAACGCGCAUCAGGCGUCAAAUAGCAGGUGAUUGGUUAAUGAUCCGCCACCCUCUCUUCUAAUUGGUCAGAAAGGUGUGGAGAGGCGGUAAUGAGAGGAGAGGGAGAAGCGAAGGGUUCACCAGCAGUGUGUACGUUUCAGAGACCGGUCUGCUGCUGCUGGGUCACACAGUCGCAAUGGGGAUGUGAGUGUUCGACAGUGGAAUCCUGACUUGUGCUUCAGUGGGAUUUGGUUUGUUGUCAGCUGGAUAAUGGGUGCGGACAAACGGACGCUCACUGCUGUGACCAUGCUGACCACUUUAACUGCGGUUCUUCUAUACGCGAUCACUUCAGUGUGUGCAGUGGAAGAAACAGUGAUGGAUACAAGGACAGCAACAGCCGAGCUGGGCUGGAUAUCAUUCCCUGCAAAUGGAUGGGAGGAGGUGAGUGGCUAUGAUGAGAACCUCAACACCAUCAGGACGUACCAAGUGUGCAACGUGUUUGAGCCCAGCCAGAACAACUGGCUCCUCACCACAUACAUUGACAGAAGGGCAGCACUGCGUAUCUACGUGGAAAUACGCUUCACUGUACGAGACUGUGCUUCCAUCCCCAGUGUCCUUGGCUCCUGCAAAGAGACAUUCAAUCUUUACUACCUGGAAACAGAUAGGGCUGUGUCAGAGGGCAUCAGAGGGGUGGAGUACUGGGCAAAUGCACCCUUCCUUAAGGUGGACACCAUUGCAGCAGAUGAGAGUUUUUCCCAAGUAGAUUUUGGUGGAAGACUAAUGAAAGUCAACACAGAAGUGCGAAGUUUUGGCCCCUUGUCCAAAGGAAAAGGGUUCCAUUUGGCCUUCCAGGACUUGGGAGCCUGCAUGUCCCUCCUUGCUGUCAGAGUAUUCUACAAAAAAUGCCCCAGCAUUGUUCAGAACUUUGCUUACUUCCCAGAGACACUCACUGGAGCAGAGUCCACAUCACUAGUCAUUUCUCGAGGAAGUUGUAUCCCCAAUGCAGAGGAAGUGGAUGUGCCCAUAAAACUUUACUGUAACGGAGAUGGAGAGUGGAUGGUACCCAUCGGCAGCUGCAGCUGCAAGCCCGGUUACGAACCAGACAAUGGCAACUUGUGCAGAGCAUGUCCACAGGGCACCUUUAAAUCAACCCAGGGGCCCGGAUUAUGUCAGCAAUGUCCACUUAACAGUCGGUCUACUAUUGAGGCUGCCACCCUCUGUGGUUGUCGCAAUGGUUACUAUCGUGGUGACAUGGAUAAACCAGAGGACUUGUGCACAAAUGUCCCUUCAGCUCCUCGUAAUUUGGUCUCAAUUGUCAACCAAACAUCAUUGCUGCUGGAGUGGCACCCGCCGCGUGACAUCGGGCACCGAGAAGACCUGUCCUAUAAUGUGUUGUGCCACCGGUGUCACAGCAGUGAGCGACGGGCAUGUCAGCCAUGUGACGACAAUGUGGCCUAUGUUCCAGGCAGGAGGGGGUUAAAACAAACCAGGGUGGAAAUCAGCAAGCUGCGUGCCCACACAUCAUAUACCUUCGACAUACAGGCAGUCAAUGGUGUCUCCAACAAGAGUCCUUAUCCUGCCCAGCAAUUGUCAAUCAACAUUACAACAAAUCAAGCUGCUCCUUCAGUGGUUCCCAUAAUGCACCAAGUGAGCUCAACAAGACGCAGUUUCUCAUUGUCGUGGCCGCCCCCUGAACAUCCUAAUGGAAUAAUCCUUGACUAUGAGAUACGAUACUAUGAUCAGUCUCAGUCAUCAGUUUUGAACAGUUCAGUGGUUCAAAGCGAGACCCCCGGUGUGAUUCUGGAUGGACUGAGGCCCGGGACCGGCUAUGUGGUUCAGGUGAGGGCCCGCACAGUGGCUGGCUAUGGAGCUUACAGCAAGGAGAUGCUCUUCCAAACACUCACUGAUGAUGAGUUUAAGUCAGAGUUGGGGCAGCAACUCUCCAUGAUUGCAGGCUCCUUAGUGGGCGGGGUGUGUAUUGUCUCGUUGGUAGCUAUUGCCAUCAUUUGUACCAGGAGAAGACAGUUGAAAGAGAGUGUGUAUGGAGACAAGCUGCAGCAAUACAACGCAGGGGGAGAGGUAACAUUAAGACCUGACAUGUUUAGUGGUCCCACCCCCACGGUGACCUUCCCCACCAUGUCUGAUGGUCACAGUUCACCAGGGGUCAAGAUAUACAUCGACCCUUUCACCUAUGAAGACCCCAAUGAGGCUGUCCGGGAGUUUGCCAAGGAAAUUGACCCCUCAUGUGUCAAAAUAGAGGAAGUCAUUGGCUCAGGUGAGUUUGGAGAGGUGUACAAAGGUCGCCUGAAGCCUGUGGGGAAAAGAGAAAUUCCCGUCGCCAUCAAGACUCUGAAGGUUGGGUAUUCUGAGAGGCAGCGUCGGGACUUUCUGGCUGAGGCGUCAAUCAUGGGGCAGUUUGACCAACCAAACAUCAUCAGGCUGGAGGGGGUGGUGACAAAGAGCAGGCCCACAAUGAUCAUCACAGAAUUCAUGGAAAAUGGAGCUCUUGACUCAUUUUUAAGGCAAAAUGACGGGCAGUUCCCCGUGAUCCAGCUGGUUGGUAUGCUGCGAGGCAUCGCAUCUGGAAUGAGGUACCUGGCAGAGAUGAGUUACGUUCACAGAGACCUGGCUGCUCGGAACAUCCUGGUUAACAGUAACUUGGUGUGUAAGGUGUCUGACUUUGGCCUGUCUCGUUAUUUGGAGGAGGAUACGUCUGACCCGACUUACACCAGCUCACUGGGUGGUAAAAUCCCAGUGCGGUGGACGGCCCCAGAGGCAAUCGCUUACAGGAAGUUCACGUCAGCCUCAGAUGUUUGGAGUUAUGGGAUUGUCACCUGGGAGGUGAUGUCAUACGGCGAAAGGCCUUACUGGGAUAUGAGUAACCAAGAUGUAAUCAACGCCAUUGAGCAGGACUUCCGGCUGCCAGCUCCUAUGGACUGUCCAACAGUGCUUCACCAGCUGAUGCUGGACUGCUGGCAAAAAGACAGGAACGCACGGCCAAAGUUCCCGGAUGUUGUCAACAUGCUGGACAAAAUGAUACGCAACCCUGCAUCCCUGAAAGCCGGCACCAACAAUGUUGCUCCAGGUCCAUCCCAUCAUCCUUUGUUAGAUCGUGGCGCUCCAGAUUUGAGCAGGGUGAGUUCUGUAGAGGACUGGCUGGCUGCACUGAAGAUGACCCAGUAUAGAGACUCCUUCCUGGGAUCAGGCUUCACCUCUUUGCCGCUCGUCACUCAAAUCACAGCAGAAGACCUCCAGAGGAUCGGAGUGUCUCUCGCUGGACACCAGAAGAAAAUUCUUACAAGCGUUCAGUCAAUGAGGCACCACAUCGAUGACCAGUCUCCUACUGAAUCCGUGUAAUCAGCAUCUUCAAACUAGUUGGUUUAAAGUCUUCACGCAAGAGGAGUGCUUCACCUUUGCACACUUGUUCCGUUUCCUUUUACAAUCGCUGGUCAGACUUCUAUUCUCUGCCCAUCUUUUCAGCAGCAGAGAUCCUUUUCAACUUUGGAAGUGAUUAAAUGCACAUUUGCAAGAGCCAAUGCAAGGUCAGCAUGCUUUUAAGUGGUGGAAUAACGAUAAGUAUAUGCUCUUUACAAAGCCUGAUCUGAUCUGACCUGAAAAAACUGCAAUCAUAAAAGCCCAUUUCCCUCCAUCCAUCCAUCCACAAAGCAGUUUUUACAACUUGACAGUUUGAUUCAAGGGCAUCGUGGCUUGAUGCUCCUCCUUAAGCAGCAAUUGCACCAACUUACCAGUAAGGGGAGAGUGUCCUGAAUGAACAAUCGUGUUGACAACAAAAACAGGUCAAAAAGCCUAUUAAGUGUUUCUUGUGUGUAUAAAAAAAGACUACUCCACUGUCUCUGUGACAACUGCCACAAUUGAAAUACAGAAGAACCCACAGUUGAAAUGGACUGUGCCGAUCUAUCUUCAUAUUGAAGAGUCUGUACAUAUCAUAUGGGAUGUUUAUUUCCUACAGUAUUUCCUAAUUUGUUGAUAAGUAUGGUGUUUAUUGGUACUACACAGUUAUCUUCCUAGGGUUGAUUCUUGGCUUUUGAUGAAACAAAGUCGACAAGGUUUCAUAUUUUUCUCGGUAUGUUUACGAUCACGUCUUUCAUGCAGAGAGCUUGCAAUGCCUGGCCUACUCAGACGAGUCAUUCAGAGGACUUAAAAUAAGUGACAUUUUACAGUUGGAGCAAUUUGUAUUGAAGUGGAACUAAUUAUAGACCAGAAGGAGGAAGUAAUAAAAACCCGGAGGCAUGUACAAGGGAAAAAAACAAAACAAGACAACUGGAAGGUCACAGCAGGUUGGAAGGAAGGAAAGAAAAAUUAAGGAAGGAAAGAAAAAUUAAGGAAGUCACUGAAUUGAGUAGUAGAAAAAAAAAAAAAAAGCUCACAAAAUAAUUUUGUGAUUUACAGUGGUAUGAAAAAGUUUCUGCCUCCUUCCUUAUGGAUGUUUGCCACACUUUAAUGUUUUAGAUCGUCAAACAGUUGAAAUAUUAGUCAGUGACAACACAACUGAACACAAAAUGCGCUUUUUAAAUGAAAGUUUUUAUUAUUAAGGGAUAGAAAAACCCAAACCUACAUGGCCCUGUUUUCCUGCUUCAGGACCUGGAAGACUUGCUGUGAUAAAUGGAACCAUGAAUUGUGCUGUCUACCAAAAAAUCCUGAAGGAGAAUGUCUGGCCGUCUGUUCGUGACCUCAAGCUGAACCGAACUUGGGUUCUGCAGCAGGACAAUGAUCCAAAACACUCCAGCAAGUCCACCUCUGAAUGGCUGAAGAAAAACAAAAUGAAGACUUUGGAGUGGUCUAGUCAAAGUCCUGACCUGAAUCCCAUUCAGAUGCUGUGGCAUGACCAUAAGAAGGCCGUCCAUGCUCGAAAACCCUACAAUGUAGCUGAAUUACAACAAUUCUGCAAAGAUGAGUGGGCCAAAAUUCUCCCACAGCGCUGUAAGAGACUCAUUGCAAGUUAUGGCAAACGCUUGAUUGCUGAGGGUGGCCCAACCAGUUAUUAGGUUUCGGGGGAAAUCACGUUUUCGCACAUGGCUAUGCCAUUGACUAAAAUGUACGUUUGUUUGAUGAUCUGAAACAUUUAAAUGUAACAAACGUGCAGAAAAAUAAGAAAUCACGUGGGGGGUAAACACUUUUCACACCACUGUAACUGCAAAACCUACAAACGACAGCAAGUCAAUUACGAACACCUCACUUGAACAUGCACAUCAGCUGUCAUCAGCUGACAUCUAUUUCUUCCACACGUCUGCAGCUGUCAUCCAAAGGGUGAUGAUCAUUUUGCACCAAGCAGGAGGAGGUCUUUGCAUCAAUCAGUUCUUUCGACUCACCAGCCACCCAAAUAGGACACUGCUAGUGAAACAAUCAGGAGUUAGACUGGAUCCCAAAGUCUCCCCUUGAAUCUUAAUGUUUUAUCUUACCAAGGCAUAGUAGACAAAUCCUAUGCUUCCAGUGUACUGGAAACAUUUUGGGGAAGGCUGUUUGUGUCUGUUCCAGCAAGUCUGUGCCCUAUGACACAAAGCAACAGGGCCAUCCCUGCCCAAAUAGGAGCCCUAAGCACAAUUUUAUAUGUUACAAUUGUUCAAUAAGUUAUUUUUAGUGCAAAAUAACAAAUGAACAGGAACAAUAUUCUGUUCGGAGGUGUGCUCUGCCUUCAAAGGUUUGUCUUUGUUCUCCUGCCUUGGGCUGACAUGGUGCCCUGUGCUCCAUGCGGUGUGCAUCCUUUGCGCAUUUGCAGAGAAUGCGCCCCCUAGUACUAAAUGACUUGCAAAGCAAGGUACAUAAAAGGCAAGCUUUGAUGAAGCCCUGACCUCACCCCCAUAAAAAUUUAGAAUGAACUAAAAUGCAGGUGAUUGACCAUCAGUGACCUCUGAUCUCGCAGAGUUCUUCUGGAUGAAUUUACAAAGGAGAAGGAAGGGAAGAAACUGUCAGCUUGCAGGCUGAGUUCUUGUAUUUUAGUUCUUCCGUUUUCACUUCCAGUAGGUGUCAUGUUGUUUAUAAAGUAACACAUCAUCAGAGGCAACCUGUGUUGCAGAUGAAUAUAGCCCAAAACGUUGGCUUAGGAUUUUUCACCCAUCUGCAUCUAGGUUCUCAAUGACGGACAUUUCAUAGGUUUUUUUCUCAGCUACAGCUGUCCUAUCUAGUCUUUGAGAAUGAAUUGAUGAAGCCUGCUCGGAUGAGAGGCGAAACGUCUUCUAAGACAACCUGAACAGUCUGUCGUGUGAUCGAUUCAAUGCCCUGAGAAGACAGUGAAUGAACGAAUGGGAAUAUUUACAGACAUUAAGUAGGUUUUGUUUGCUGCAUGACUGAAAUCCGUGUUUGGUCUAACACCACUGUUCAUCAAGAGCUUCACAGCUUUUUUGUUAUUUCUACAUGACCUUGCAAAUAUUUUAAACACACCAUUUUCCACCCCUCACAAAAGCUCCACGGGUGUGAACAGAUCUGCAUGCGUUGCCUGGCAACCUCAGAAUGUUCAAAAUUUGAGUCUGGAAUUUGUUGAGAAGAAGUGGGAGAGUGUGAGUUGCUAAACACCUCUGGAGGAACCGUUUCUUUGCUGCUUGAAAGGUUUCAUAAAAACAGCAUCAAUACACUCAUGUAAGACGCCAAAACAAAAGAUAUUAAGUUGGCCUGUUAUGAAACAGACUGGCUUUCAUGUCUUGUCUUAGUGAAAAUAAACAUCAUGAGGAAGUCUCAGGGAUAUGAUGGAUGGGAUUGAUGUAGACAUGGCUGGAUGAAUGUGAUCUUAAUCUGCUAACUCAUUAAUAAGUCAGAUAUUAAUAACCAUUUCUAACCAUUGUCUUAUGUGGAAUGUAAAACCACCUUAACUCCAUAACACAACAUAGGAAUUUAUGUAGGAAGUCUGUUAUGUGAUGAAUGUCAUUCCAGUUCAAGAUAAAAGGCUUUCAUAUUUCAUCUUUAAAAUACCACCAAACAACAUAGUGGAAUGUAUAUGUGUGUUUCAUAUUUUGCAAACUGAAAGUUAUUACCAGCCUAUUAGAUGGUUAUCCUGUUUCACGAGACUUCUUUUGGAAAGUAUACAAGAAUUGAAGCGUUGUCAUGUCCUUAUGAAACUAUUUUUCAGCACCUUGAACACAUCGCCCGCAGGCGUAUAGGGUAAGGGCUUCCUUCCGAUGGACAUAUCCAUUCUUUCCAGAAGUUGGCCUCCAUUAAGGGACUAUAUUUGUACCUUGUGGACAUUCCUUAAAGCUGUAAGCAGCAUCCACCAUAUUCUUCAUUAUAUAUAUAUUAUGCCAUGAUAUUAUCGGUAUUAUAUUAUUGUUUACAUUUUGUUGCGACCAAAUUAAAGCACUAAUGUAUUGUUCAAGCUGUGUGGAAAUGCUCUGACCCCACAUUGAUGCGGCUCCACAAACACGACCCUGAAAACUGCAUUUGGACGGGAAAACAUUUUGCCAUAACAUUGCAAUACAUUAUGAAAAAAUGUCACAUACUUACAAUAAUCUGUCUAUAUUCUAUGAAAGUACAGUACAAUGUACACGUUUUUUAGGACAUCUGACUACAUUUUUGUGAGAACAGGCUAUUGGGUGUUUUGGGAAGAAAGGAUAUACUCCUCCAAAAUGAAUAAUCAAGCAACCGACCAGCAGUGAUGACCUGCGAAAUGGUCAACAGAUGCUGUUAUCGUCUUCUGCCAAAAAUUUACUAUUUUGAGUAUUUUCUGGGAAAAAAAAAAAAACUAAAUGUUUGUGCUGCUUGAGGACAAAUUCUUAAUAAUGAUCCAACUGGAAAGCUACCUCUAAACGAGAAACCAGACAAAGGAGAGCCACCCGAUGUGUUUUUUUAUAUUACCUUUCUCAUUUCUCUUAGUACUCACCCUAUUUUCUGGACUAUCAGUCGCUCCGCAGCGUAAGUCGCACCAGCCAGAAAUGCACAAUGGAGAGGGAAAAAAGUCACAUUUUUGGGGGUAAAUUUAUUUUGUAAAAUCGGAGACCAAGAACAGACAUUUCGGCUUGAAAGCAAGUUAUAGUAAUAACAAUAAAAUGGAGAACAACAGGCUAAAUAGGCGGUUAAUGUGCCGUGAAUAGGUGGUAUGUUAACGUGACCUAUAGUUAUUCAGAUAACUGUAGCCUAAACAACCCGCAAAGUCAUCUAUAUGCAUCGCCUUCGCACCUACCAGGGCGUGGAGAGGAAACUGCGCUGUUGACAAGCGUCUCCCGGCAGCACGUUGUUCAAGCACCCACUUGAGAACCCGCUCCGCUCUCUGCGGCCAUCUGCGUUUUAGCCUACAAUUAGCUUUGUUUCCUCCAUUGCAGUUAGUGUAUUCUCCACUUUUCGACAGUCCCUCACAAGUUUCUCAUUCCCUCCAAACUUCCUUUCUGCGGCUCGAUGACCAUUUUCAGCUGCAUAUUUCGCUACUUGCAGCUUGUAAUCUGUAGAAUAUGAUUUUCUUUUUGGGGGGCGUUUGUGGCUGUCACGCGCAUGCCAAAGUAAGGGGGGCGCUGCAGCCAUAGACUGUUUUUAUUCAAUUUUUAACCAAUCAGAGGAGCCGAUGACAUCAUUUCUGUAGACCUAUCGUAACAAACAUGGCGAUGUACAGCAGAAGCAAUCCCAAGCUUCUUGCCAUGCUAACCUUCCCACGCCAUUCUUCAAAAAUAACAACAUGCUUAUGAAAGUUGUCCCACCAGCUAGAGGUCUGAUCGGGUCUUGUCCCAAAUUGCCAUCGGGGUGUCUUAGCUGUAUAGCGAGCAUAACAGCAGCAGUAUAGCGUCCUCCCAAGCCCACAAUGGCGCCUUUGUCCAUCAAUGUAAAGUGAAAGUGUUUACUUUGUAUGUUUACUCUUAAACACACAAAAAGUCAUUUCAGCACGCUUGAAAGCAGCGCACAUUAAACUGUACUCAUGUAGUAAUAACGGCACAUAAUUGUUACGUCAACUGUCAGCAACAAGCCAAAAGCUCCGUCUUCGCCAUCCACCUGAUUACGCUGAAGCCUGAGUUUUUUAAAAAUCUCCACCCUGGCGGGAGUUUUCCAAAAGCUCAACUUUUCUCCGGAGUACAAGUCGCAGGACCACCCAAACCAUGAAAAAAGUGUGACUUCUAGUCUGGAAAAUACGGUACUUGAUUGGGUUCAUGGAGUCCCUGAUGCACACCAAAAUAGCUGUAUUAUCAACAUGUGUUUGCAUGUGCAGGAAUCAGUCAGGAAUCAAUCAGUUUCAGCAUUUUCAAAAUUAUAUUGA